AUCAGAGAAGAAGAAACAACUGACAGACAAAAUGGCUGGGGGACAAAGCUAGCAGCUUAGCUAAUGUAAACAUCCACCAACAGUAGAUUGGAGCUGGAGCGACGACAACGUUACUCGAUAGCUUUUUGACACUGCGAAUGAGAGUUUCUGACUUUGGUGAAGGAUGAUGAGCCAGCGGCGUGGGAUCCAUUUGGACCAAUCAGAGCUGCUCUGCAAGAAAGGAUGUGGUUUUUACGGCAACACUGCUUGGCAGGGCCUGUGCUCGAAGUGCUGGCGAGAGGAAAAUCAGCGAGAAAGGCAAAAACAGAUUCAAGAGGACUGGGCACUUGCUGAGAGGCUGCAGAGAGAGGAAGAGGAAGCAUAUGCAAGCAGACAUCAGAGGGCCCAAUCACAGCCUACUAUCGCACCCUUCAGCAAGUUUGAAGAAAGAAAAACCAAGGAAAAGUCCAGCAAAGUUAACACAGUUACAAAGUUUUUUAUUCCUUCCACAAAAACACCACCCAAAAAAGAUGCUGCUCCUUUUGACACACAGUCCAGCCCAAGCCCGAGCUCCUCCGCAAGCCGACAUUCCUCUGUGGACAGUGACCACGCAACGCGAGAGUUCAUUGAUUUUCUCAAGCCUCUGAAGUCUGGCAGGGAGAUCUUCAAACAGUGCCGGGCCUUCACCGAGAGCAUGGUCUAUAAGCGGGACAUGGGUGCUGAUGAGCUGUCUGAGUGUGUGCAAGACUUCUACCAGAGCCUCUCAGAGCGCCUCCAGACCCAGUUCAAAGGUUCGUCAGAUCAUGUAGAGAACGUUAUGGAUGAAGUAGAGAAGUACAUGAUGACUCGUCUCUACAAGGAAGUCUUCUGUCCUGAGACCACAGAUGAUGAGAAGAAAGACCUUGCCAUUCAGAAGAGAAUCAGAGCCUUGCACUGGGUCACCAUUGAGAUGCUGUGUGUUCCUGUAGAUGAGGAGAUCCCUGAGGUUUCUGACAGUGUAGUCAAAGCCAUCACAGAUGUGAUUGAAAUGGAUUCGAAGCGUGUGCCCAAGGACAAGCUGGCAUGUAUGACUCGUUGCAGCAAGCACAUCUUCAACGCCAUCAAAGUCAGCAAGAAAGAGGCUGCGUCUGCGGACGACUUCCUCCCCACGCUCAUCUACAUUGUAUUGAAAGCAAACCCUCCGCGCCUGCAGUCCAACAUCCAGUACAUCACCCGAUUCUGCAACCCCAGCAGACUCAUGACUGGAGAGGAUGGUUACUACUUCACUAAUCUGUGCUGUGCGGUGGCCUUCAUUGAGAAGCUUGACGGUCAGUCUCUGAACCUGAGCUCUCAGGAGUUUGAGCUCUACAUGUCGGGCCAGGCGUCCCCCCACUGGCCGCAGGCCACUGGAGCUUCCUCCUGCUCCCCAGGCAGCGCAGCUCUCAGUCAGGUCCACAAACGGUUGGACCUGCUAACAGGGCUAGGGGAAAGGCAGGAGCGCGUCAUGGAGAAGGCUCGCCAACUGGAGAGUGACCUCAUCGACUGGACGGACGAGGUGGAACAGAAGGUGCAGAGCGUUCUGGAGAGCUUCCCACCAGAGACACAAAACCCUCCUGCAACCACAGCUAGUGGGACAACGUCUGCAGCAUCAUCAGCAAUAGACUCUGAUAACGUUGAGAACGAGCACUUGCCCGCACCACUGCAACCGCAAGUGUUUGCUGGUUGAUGUGAAGAGCUCCGCUCUGAAAAAUCUAGAGGCUUUAGUCCACCCUCCACCUUUUCCCUGCUGAUAAACUUUGCUGUAUGUAUCCACAUACAGCAGCUGUCUGAUAUGGGUCCCAUUUCCACUCCAGCCAUCGCGAUUCCAUCCAUCAAUUGUCCUAGAGGCCCUGAAAAUACACUGAAAAAUAAUGGAACAAUUGAUCUAACAGAAUACAUUGGCAUUUUGGGGAGUGCACUUAUUAGCUUUCUUGCAUAGAGUUUGACGAGAUGAUCAAUUCCGCUCAUGUCUGUACAGUAAAAAAUCCAGCUACCAACACCUGGAAAGCUCAACAGUUAACAUAUUAUAUCUUGUUUGUUUAGUCCGUACAUCAACCAAAGUGUAAAAACUUCCCCUUUUGUGCUGAAUUGUGAGUUGUAGACGUUUUAGUAGGUGAAUUAUUUGUUACCUGUGGACAGAGUUACCUGUCGACUCUUUAUGCUAAGCCCAGCUCAUCGUCUCCUGGCUCAAAUUUCAUAUUCAAUGAACAGACAUGAGAGUGGCAUCACUCUUCAACAACCAACUCUCAGCAAACAUUUCCCAAAAUGUCAAACUAUUCCUUUAACAUCAGCUAAGGUAAAGCAGAGUCCCAGAGGCCAAGUACACUACAAGCAUUUUGUUCUGGAUCUGCGGCAAAGCACUCACAUUCUGGUUCUGUUACUCUGUCAGUGCAGUUUCAGGAUGAGCAGACUUGUACUGGCAUCCUUAACCCAGCCAUGUCCUCCAGUGUUCCCAGGCUAUUAAUCCCCCUCCAGCAUGUUCUGACUGUUGGUGCCUCUUAGUGGGGUGUGCAGGUAAACCUUCCACAGUGACGUCCAGGAGGAAGCCGGAUCAGAUGCCCAGACCACCUCAACUGGCUCCUUUUAUUGCAAAGUAGCAGACUGACUCUUCUCCAAGCUCUUCCCAGACAUCUGAGUUGGUCACCCACAAUGGCAUCUUCAGUACCUCAGUACUUCUUCAUCCUUGUUUUUGUUGUUAUAUUUGUGUAGACAGUAUAAAUGGGUGGAUGUGAGUUUUAAUAAUGAUUCUGUAAUUAUUUGCAGGUUUUUUUCAUUAUGUUGU